UUGCCCCAUGCGUUUGCGUCCGUGCCGUUCACGUGCGCAUUAUUUUGGUUUUGGCUUUUUUGGUGCGUCUGCCGUGCCCGUGCCUGGGUACCGUCUGCACGGUUUCGCCACCGUGUGAUCGUCAUCGUGUCGCUGCCAUCAUCGUGCUGUCGCUGCCGUCGUCGUCGUCUUCGUCGUCGCCGCUGUUCGCAGGACUUCCAGUGCAAUUAUGACAGUGUCAUAUAAAUAUUGAUUAUACCGUUCACACAGUGCAUUACAAUAAGUGAGUGAAUACAGUGAAAUCAACGUUGCUCUUUCUUUGCACCAGUGAAGUUUGACGGAUUUAUCCAGCAAUACACAACAUUACGCACGCCAACCAUAUGGCCAGCGAUUGAAGUACAAAAGUGCAACCAAGUAAACGCCCAAUUAGUGCACAUUUAGUGAUCUUUUGAAAGCUGCAGCAAAGAGUGUUAAUUUGUCUGUGUGUGAGUGUAUGAGUGUGUGUAUGUACAAGUGCUUUCGUGUGCAGGUGCAAAGGAUUGCACACGAUCCCGGGGCAGCCGUAGUUCGUCGAGCAAAGUGUUACGAGUACAACAUCGCCGAUCUUCUGUGUGGUCCUGAAGCACGCGUCCUUUUCCCCUUUCAUUCUCACCGUGCCCUUCCUGUCUGUACAUAGUGCACCCUUCGUUGGAAUGAAAUUUGGAAUUCCCUCAAAAGAACGAUCGCAAAGAUAGAGUUGAUCCUGCCUAGGACGCUAAGCUUCCUUCUUCCUAUACCACCAACAUCACAACCACCACACCACUUCUAUUCGAUCUUGCUGUCUUUCUUCUUGAUCUUGGUCGGAGCGUCUUGUUUCGGAUUGAAUCUGUACAGAACAUAACUUUUUUUUGAUACAUUCACUCCGCCCGUGUGGAAGGGUGAAAGCGGAUCGAAACAUACCAUCUACCUAUGCAAAUAUUCUCUUCCAACUCUUCUAUCGUCGGUCUAUCGUAAAACGAUUUGCUUGGCCGUAACCAAAAAAAAAAGCUGCCUCAUCCGGCGAUAUAAAACACAUACACACACACACAAAUGUGCAGUCCAUCAUCUGCGUAGUGCAUGCGCAAAUGCUUGUAACAGUGAGUUUGUGAACAGAUACUUUUACACGUCGCCCCAUCGAGUGCACGUAGUACAGAUUUCGCACGCGUAACGUCUUGCACCUCUCGUUGAGGAUGGAUCGAAACCGUUCCGUACGGAUGCCGAGGGCGUUAUCCUUCCACCGCUGGAACUUAUUCGCUUAGUGAAAGGCCGGGACCAUGCACGAUCAGCUUCGGAUAUCGGCGGAGAAUCUUCAACGGAGUAUAGCUUGCGAGCCAACGAUCGGAGCCUAGCUCAGAGCACUGAGCAUUUCCCGGGUACCCGUGUGGUACCUACGCCACCUUUAGCGCGAGCGAGCCUCGCCAUCAUCUCAAUAAGUGCCGCAGUCUAGUAAUUGCGUUUGAUUUAACUUAAAACAAACAAAAAACACAGUAACAUCCCUUGGAAGGACUUCAAAAGCUCUUGAUAGCCGGCACGUCAGCAGUGGCGUCAGCAAGGGGCAAGCUGCUCUACAACGGAGAGGCGUCCCGGUUCGCGACCAACGCCCAGCGCCUGCACCGCCCAGCCCACAUGCACCUCGAGAGCAUGGUCAACUGCAAGAUGAGCUCGCAGAACGAUUCGGUCGAGGUGGAAAGUUUGCUAAUGAGCCCGUGCUGGAACCAGUCCACCAGCGUCUCCGAUCAGUACCUGCUCGACGGUCACAAGCUGCUGCUCGAGGCCGAACUCGACUCGCUGCCGAGCGAUGGCGAAACGCAGAAGAGCUCGAUGGACGUGCUGGAGAACCUGCUGCUCAACUCGGCCGCCUCCAUCACGAGCAACGGGGCGAACGGACACGGCCACGGCCACGGCCACCAGAACGGACACAUUGGGGGCGGUGGUCUCGGCAGCGGCGACGUGAAGCCGCUACCCUCCUUUACCUCCUUCAACACGGGCCACCUGUCGAUCAACGGGAUCUCGGGCUACCACUACACGGCGAUUGCCCAGCGCUUGCCGGAAGAGAACAACAACUACACGCAGAACACGUACGCGAAUGCGGCCACGAGCGGGACGAACGGCCACCUCGGUGGCAGCAGUGGGACCACGAACGGCACUGGUGGAGCGCCCGGCACCGGCAGUAGCGUCGGUUCGACCGGCAGCGACAACAACAUCGUGUCUUCCACGUCCACCUGCCUGCCUGACUCGGUGCUCAACCCGGACGGCGCGAGUGCGGACAACGGGGGCUCGCAGACGUGCAGCCUGGCCGACGUGAAGCUGUUCUCGGACGGCUCGCUGGACGGUACCAAAAUCUACAGCGCACCCGCCGACAGCUGCGUCAUGAACGGGGCCGACUCGGUGUCGGGCGCGCGGAUAUUCGUCGACACGAAGGAGCUGUCCGAGUACGACAUGAGCUCGAUCGAGGACAUUGCGGCGAUCAUCGGGUCGGCGAUCGCCGACACGACCGUGCCGAGCAGCAAGGUGGAGAAGGAGGACGGCAACGACACGCGCGACUCCUGGAUGGAUCUGGACGCGUGGAUCGAGGGCACCUGCAACGGUGUGCCGGACGGGGGCAAGCUGAUCGUCACGCAGCAGGACUCGCUCAGCGAGCUGAUCCUGCCGAACUCGCCCGUCCACACGUCCACCGGUACCAGCUCCACCCUGCAGAGCCUGCUGACGCAUGGCUACAUGCCGCUGCUCCAGAACCGGCUGCAGCACGGACCGCCGAUCAAGCUGGAAGCGCCCAGCUCGACGUCCUACUGCGGCGAGCUCAUCUCCACCUCCACUAGUCCACCCGGGUCGGUCGUCUCGACCUCCACCGACAAUCUCAUACUCAACGGCCGGUACCUGCAGCAGACCGGACACCAUCACCAUCAGAACGGGCACACGCACUUCGGGCUCGGCUCGAUCGGAUCGACGCUCGGCAAACCGGACGGCCUGUGCAGUCCCGAGCUGGGGCUCAGCAACUAUCCCCACACCACCACCACCACCUCCACGUCCUCCUCGAGCGCCAGCAACUCCCCGACGACACCAAAAAGCAAGCGACGAACCCACAAGCAGCAGUCGAAGCAACCGGGCAGCACGCUCGUAUCGACGCCCAACGGUGGCCUAUCCGCCCAACAGCAGCAGCAGCAGCAGCACCAGCAACAACAUCAUCAACAGCAGCAGCAGCAGCAGCAACACCAUCAACAACAACAACAACACCACCAACAGCAGCACCAGCAACAGCCACAGCAGCACCAGCAACAGCCACAGCAGCACCAGCAUCAGCUCAACGCUCAGUCGCAGCAGGCCGCAGCGCUCAGCUUCCAGGCGGCGAACGAUCUCAGCGGGCUUCUCGGCAAGGAGAAACCGGUCCACCGGUGCAACAUCUGCAACCGGGGCUUCCUGAACAAGAGCAACAUCAAGGUGCACCUGCGGACGCACACGGGCGAGAAACCGUUCCGGUGCGAGGUCUGCGCGAAAGCGUUCCGGCAGAAGGCGCACCUGAUCAAGCACCAGCAGAUUCACAAGCGGAUCGGGCGCGAUUGACCAUCGGAGACGGUGACGGUGCAGCCGAGAAGCUCGUCGGGCUCGCGCAGGAGCAAACGGCGGUCCGGCGAGUCCGAGUGUGGCACCGUUGCCGGCGCCUAUCGCACCGACGGCGAUGGGCACAGCCUUCCCACCGAGCUGGAACUGGACCUGGAGCUGGAGCUGGAACAGGAUGCGGCAGGCCAGCAUCGGUUCCAUCGACCGUUCGUACCGUUCGUGUGAGAGGACAGCAUGGAGUGGUUCCACGCCGGGUGAGGUUCUCUUGCAGGGGGCUGGAAGUGCAUUGGGCAGCACUGUGUCAAAGAAACAAAAACAAAACACUCGUACCUCAGGAGAUUAGUGAUGUAGUUUGCUGGGAGGAGCGAGCAGAGGUCGUUCCUCUGUUUUGGCGGUUGAAAAGCGAGGGCAGCAAAGGUUCCGGGCGUGUACAUAUAGCAAAGGGUGGACGGCUCGUGAUGGACAGCAACACUGUCAGCAUAUCUGCUGGUGACACUCAAGCGAAAAUUUAUUUAUUUCCCCCCUGGAUUUGCGGUUUUCUAGAGGGCCCUGGAGUUUGGUCGCCUAAUGCUGCGAGCGUUACGCAAGAUUGAUUAAUUAUUAACCGCUGUCGGUGAGUUUUGGCGCGACAGUACGCAAACACGACAGCGCGUUUAGUGCACGAUCACGAGCAUCACGGCAAUCAAAGGUUGGUGGAUGUAAUUUAUAUCUAGAACAAAUGUAUGCUACAAAACUAAGUUAGCUAUUUAUUGAUUAACUCUUGAACAGUUGGUUAAAGGGUGAUCUGUUGCGUGUGCUCGCUGGCUGCACCUUUAUUACAAUAACCGAGAACUAUCGAACGAAAGGAACAGGAUAACACAUACACGUCUAUUAAGCUCAUAGUGAGGUCACACUGCGGAAGAAGAAGAACUAGAGUGCUCAAGAGUGACCCAGUGCAGAUUCGGGAAGGUGCGAAAGAUGUGUUAUUGUUAUUGAUUUUUUAGAUAUUUGUUUUGUUGUACCCGACCCUUCCCGCAUCUUGUCACAACGGGCUCACUGGCAGCAGCGCGGUUCUUCCCUCCAAAGCCCUUCGUUUCUUCGUUCAAACAUUUAUUCCAAAAACAAAAUAAACAAAAUGCUCUUACUACUUACGACGGAGGGAUUAUGUAGGGUACGUCUUAAGUUUCUAUUCGCCUUAAGUAUGCGUCGCUGAAAACAGGAACCCGAACGCUGUCAGUACCUUCGCUUAGUAAUAAUUGUAAAGAAGCGGUAGGGAGGAUGCAAAUAAACGCCUCACCCACAAUCACAACAAAUCGUCGUCUUCCUUGUAGUUGUAGAGCAGAAAGCAGUUAGUAGAAAGCAAACGUUGAGCAAAGCAGUCGUUACUGUUCACCCUCUCCAAAGCGCGCCGAAGAGUGCUGCGCAUGUGUGUAAAGCUAACGUUAGUGUAAUUAGUAGUAGAUAAAGUAAUUGUAAAGCAAUGCUUACUAGGGCAGGACUGUCUUUGAUGGAAUAAAACAAAAUCAAACAGUUCGUUGAUAGAAAGCCUACACAAACGAUCCGCACCAACACGAACCACCACCUGCUUUUCGAAGUGAUCGAUGCUUCGGGCGGCCAUAUACAUUUCAUCAUUUAAGCACGCCUACGGCAGGCGACUCGGUCAGGUAAGGUAGCGAAAACUCCACGUGUUUAGUAGACCGCUAGCACCUAACAGCAACGACGACAACAACAACAAAACCUGGGACAUGGGAAUUAAAAUACGAUCGGGUUAAACAAUAAUCAUCCACUAGCAAGUAAGUGUGAGUGUGUGCGUGCGUGUGCAUGGAUGUGCGACAGCCACCGACCGGCAACAAACUGGCAUGGUAGUUGUGUAGCGAGAAAGUGUAGAAGUGGAAGGAUAGUAGAAGAAAAAAAAAACAUGUGCAAUUUUUAACUUUAAUCAUAUCCACUUCUCAAGUAGGUGUGCGAUUACGUUACGUUAGUUUCUUAUAACGUUCUUCUUUCUUUUCCUCUUCCAAGUUGGUUCGUACCGGCUGCUCUUUAGGCAAAAUCUAUCAAUUCAACUAUCGGGGAGCUAGUGAACUAGUAAAAAUGCUUCUUUUCCAUUUUUUUCCUUUUCCACUCUCAAUCUGUUCGGCCUGUCGUUUCUAACGUUAUUCUAAUAUUAUGAAAGUAUUGUAAAAUAAAACAACACAUAUAAUAAUACACACACACGCUACACAACAACAUACUUAAGUACACACAAACACAAGCCUAAAAAGCUUCAAGCUUGAGAUAAACGACGAUGUAGAAUGUAAAGGUGUAAAGCAGCUCGCGCGUGGUAGAGUAGCGUUUAAGCCAGACAUUGUUAACUUAGUAAGCAAUUCUUCCGACCACCCUUCUCGAGCGGAAAAGGGAAAACUCAUCUAUAUAAAUGUAUUAAUAUGGUCACGCAUAAAGAUGAAGAAAUAAAACUCAAUCUUAC